AUGUCCUCUUAUUGCAUUACAAAUUUUCUUUUGAUUUUAAUUUAUUCAGAAACUCAUCAAACAAUUGAAGGUACGCAUUCAAGAGCACCUUCAAUCCUUAUCACAAGCGCUAUAUUCACUGUUCUAACAAGCGUCACACCAACACCAGAAACUGAUCUCUUAAAAGUCAUUUCUGAAAAUAGUCCAAGAACUCUUUAUCAUCACUCCCUCACUCAAAAACAAAAAAAUGAAAGAACGCUUACUGCAAAAAAUUUUUUCACAAUUCACAGCAAAGCUGAUAAAAUUGCAAUAUAUUCUAUCAUUGGAGCAAUGUUUCUCACUGCAGUAGCAAAUCUAGGCUUAUUUUUGGCCACAUUAUUCCAUUAUUUCUUCUCAGAAGAUAAAGAAGAAAAAAGUGAAAAGAAAUAA